UUUGUUUCCUAUUUCAAAAAAAAAAAAAAAAAACCAUUGUUAUCUUCACUCAAAUUUAGAAAUUUUAGGGUUUAUCUUAUCUCUAAAUUUGAACUAUAAAAAACCCCAGAUUUUCUUUUUGUGUUUUAAGAUCUAAGGUAUUAUUUCACACAAAAAAAAAAAUUCUUUUUUAGAUUUUAUUUCCCCCCUUUUGUGGAUUCUGUCAUGGAAUUAGUAAGCCGUACAUCUUCACUGAAGUUGAAACAUGAUUGUAUGAAUGAAAAAAGAGGAGAAAGUUUAGGGUUAGGGUUCGUGAGAUAUACCCAUGGAUUAAGGAGGAAAAGGAUUGGGAUAUCGAAUGAAAUUGACGAUGGGACCAAAGCUUCAUCGUUGAAAAGGCGGUGCAGUAAGAGAAUGAUGAUCGAUGGUGAUGAUAAUUGCUAUGAAAAAUCUGCUCUCGAAUCACUUCCACAAGAUAUUAUUAUUAAGAUUAUUUGUGGUGUGGAUCAUGAAGAUUUGAAGCGGCUUCCUAUUGUUUCUAAAUCAAUCAGAGAAGCUGCUAUGGUUGCAAAGCAAUUGCAUUUUGCAUAUAGUACACCAACAAAGGUGAAAGCUUUUAAAACAUCAAUAGAUUUCGAUGAACAAAGUGAAUCAAACGACUUGGAACUUGAAGCUCCAAAUGCACCUCAACAAUGGAGGUCACACAGGUCAAUCAACAAGAAAAAACUUGCAGAUAUAUCAAUACAAUUGUUUUUGUAAAUAGCUUGUUGUUUGCUAUUAAAUCAGUGCAUUACAAGCCAUUAUUUUCUUCAAAGUUUUCAUUGAAGAAUGGGAAUUUUUUGGCUUGUUUUUAUGCAUCUUGUUGUACAAAAAAAGAAGAAAGGGAUAGUAUUUGUUUGAAGGGUCGUGUUCUUGACCCUUCCGAUUUGAUUAAAAAAAAAAGUUAAGCUUAAUAAAGAUGGUUCAUAUUCAA